AUGGGGCCCAUAGAGCUCGGGGCAGUGGAUGGGGACGGGGGGGGGACAUUCUUAUCCCUCUGUACGUCCCAGGUUGUCAACAUGAAAACAGUCGUUAGAAGCUUCCAGGUCUGUUAUUUUUCAGGUGGAGUGGCAGAGGAACGAGCAUGUGAUCGACCCUGUAAGCGACCCCAAUUUCUUGGUGACUGCGGACCGUAAUCUGAUCAUCAAACAGGCUAGGCUGGCGGACACGGCCAACUACACCUGCGUGGCCAAGAACAUUGUGGCUCGACGCAAGAGCUCCUCUGCCAACGUGCUGGUCUACGGUAUGUACACACAGAGAUACAUACACAAACACACACAGAUAUGUACAUACACACACACACACACAAAAGCGCACACACACACACACAAACAAACACACACACACACACAAACACACACAGACACACACACCAGGGCAGACAGGGUGUCAAUGCUUUGUCCAAAGGUUUGGCCACGUACAAUUUGGAGCUUCAGAGCAGUCCAAAGUAA